AUGGAACCGUUCUCAGUUCCUUGGGAUCAGGUCCCCGAGUGCCCGACUUCGGCUGAGCUCCUAUCUUCUGAGCCCCGGAAGCUACCCAUCAACGAUGUCAACCACACGCCGGGUGACAAGGCCAGAUACCUCGAGACCCAAUACCGUCUCAUCCGAUAUGAGGGUGUCGAGCUGCUGCGCCGAGCGAUCCAUGAAUAUCGCGAAGAUCCCAAAAUGCAGGAAUCCUCCGAGACUGCCAUCUAUACCGAUGUCACGGUCCACGGAUACCAGGUGACUCGCCUCGGCACAUUGUGCCGCAUCGGUUUCUUCCCAGACAGGACGGACAAACGGAUUCGAUGGAGCCACUCCCCCCGCUUAACGCCUGGAACCGUCGUGGCCCUGUCCACGCCUCGAGACAAUUUCAACACCAUCUGCAGAAUCGCUACAGUAAUCCAAAGAUUCGUCACCGGCGGUCUAGAGCCAGACACAAAGGCAGGCGAGCCCGUGACCACGCCUCCUCGCAUUGACAUCGCUUGGGCCGAUCCUGUUGAUGCGGUUCUAGACCCCGCAAAGCAUAUGGUCAUGAUCGAAGCCAAGGCCGGCUACUAUGAAUCAGUGCGACAUACCAUGCGCGGUCUUCAACUUUGGUCUAAUAAGGAUUCACGCUUCGAUCGAUAUCUCAUCAUGGGAGCCAAGGAUGCUAGCCCUCCAGAAUACAUUGAGCGGCUCAAGAACCUCAUUGACUUCAGCCCAGUCCUCUCACAACCCCUCCAGCCCCAGAACAAAAAGAAGAAGAACCCCAACUCCAACAAAAGCCAAGUGAAGACUUUAAAUGGGAAGGGAAUUUCGACGUCGAUCAAUAUGAGCCGCCCAUUCCCCCCAGAGAUGUCCGCCCUCACGGGAAUGGACGAGUCUCAGCUUGGAGCCAUCCGAAAUAUCUUGACCUCCGAGUUCCCCAUCGUUCAGGGUCCUCCCGGCACCGGCAAGACGUUUGUCUCUGUGUCAGCCAUCAGGAUUCUUCUUCGGAAUCUCGACUGGAAGACACCCAUCGUGAUUGCCGCGCAGACCAACCACGCCCUAGACCAACUUCUCGUUCUCGUGCACCAGGCGACCAAGGCUCCCUUUAUUCGCCUUGGAGGUCGUUCCAAGAACGAGCAGGUCAGCCAGCGCACCCUUUUCAACCUCCGCCGAGAAUCUAGAAAGAACUUUUUCGGUGGCAAGUACAACCGCAUCGAGGCUCGCCGAAAGGAGCAUUCCCGGCAUGUUGAACAUCUUUUCCGCCAAUGUUUCCCCGACGGCUUCUUGGAUCCCCAUGACCUGCUCGACAAUGACCUUCUCACUCAGGAGCAGUACGACUCGAUCGUCCAUGUCGGUUGGCAUACCGGCGAUGACACGCAUCCGAGAGACCCAUUUAGAACGUGGCUUGGGGAUGCAUUCUUGGUGGUGCAGCAGCCCCGGUUUGUCCCCCGGUCCAAUGUGUACGAAUCGGUUCAGGACGGAGAACUUCUUGGCGAGAAUAGGCCCGGCACGAUAGACGACGACGAGAGAGAUCGGCUGUCUGGAGUGUAUCACCCGAUUUCGGAAAAGUUUAAGGGAUACGUCCGAAGGGACCUUUUGAAGCCGGCAUUGUGGGAGAGGGUUCAGACGAUCCUCAAGCGGUACAACGACCUUUACCGAGUGCCCCACGACUAUCGCGGUGCUGUAUACCGGUACCUUCGUACCCAAUACAUCAAGACCAGGGCGGAAGAUUUUCGAAACUUACUGCACUCAUCCGUUGAGCUUGCCAACGAGGCAAGAGGGGUAAAGGCCCAAUGCGAUGCGAAACUGGUCCAAUCCCACGGGAUCCCCAUCAUUGGAUGCACGACCACGGGCCUAACCAAGUACCGCGAGCUGCUCGAGACGCUGAAGCCUCGCGUGAUGCUCAUCGAGGAAGCCGCCGAAACUCGAGAAGCAAACAUUACCUCGGCCCUUUUCGAUUCCCUCGAGCAGCUCAUCUUGGUCGGGGACCAUAUGCAGCUCGCACCGCACACGGACGUACCAGGACUAGCCGACGAACCUUUCAACCUCGGCGUGUCGCUCUUCGAACGCAUGGUCAGGCUCGACAUAGGACAUUCCGUGCUGACCGUCCAGAGGCGAAUGGUUCCCGAGAUUCGGCAAAUCCUGGGACCUGUCUACCCCACGUUGACGGAUCAUCCCUCUGUGGCCGAUGAGAAGGUGCGACCGCCCGUCCCCGGGAUGGGCAACUUCAGUACCUACUUCCUUUGCCACAGUUGGCCCGAGGACGUGACUCAGCACCUGAGCCGGGUCAACCGCGACGAGGCACAAAUGAUUGCCGGCUUCGUUCGCUACCUGGUGCAAAAUGGAACCUCGCCCGAAAAAAUCACCGUCCUUACUUUUUACAAGGGACAGGUGGGAUGCAUCCGCGAGCGCCUCUCCAAGGAUAUGAUCCUAGGCAACCUCCACGCCACGAAGCGAUACAAGAUUUGCACCGUAGACGGCUACCAGGGCGAGGAAAACGACGUGGUCAUCCUCUCGCUCGUUCGUAGCUCUGCCGCGGACGCUCCGUCCCGCGUUGGCUUCCUUGCUAACCAAAACCGUGCCGUCGUUGCUAUCAGUCGGGCGCGGCGUGGCUUCUACAUCUUUGGCAACUACUGGAACCUCAUCAGGGCGUCCCCGCUGGCAAAGAAGAUCUGGAAGCCCGUGACGGACGUCAUCGUCAACCAGCAGAGGUGCCAUCGGUCGUUGCGGUUGACGUGCCAACAGCAUGGAGCCGUCACGCACAUCAGGGGCCAGGGAGACUGGGACAGCAUUCACGGCGGCUGUCGUGCGAAGUGCACUUACGUUGCUCCCCAUAGCCAACUCGACUGCAAGAAGCCUUGCGCGCGUCGUACCCCUUGUGGCCACAAGUGCUCGGAACUCUGCGGAAAACCCUGCCGCUGUGCCCUCGGCUGCAAAGGAGCGAUUGCAUCCUCGCACCGUCAAAAGAAGCAAGCGGACACGUUUGCGAGCCUCGAGGGUUGGAUGGAGAUGAACGCACCGCAGCUGCAGCCGUCGAAACCGCGUGAGGCGCCCAGGUUCAUCGACGAAGAAUGGGACGUCGGAUCUGGCUGGGAGUCUGACGGAGAAAGCGAUGCGCUGGAAUCUCGAAGGGGAAAUAAAAAUAUUCCCACGAUGGCGCGUUCGGUCUCAGCUGGGCAGCCGGGGCCACAGACGAGGCUAGGCUUCGGCGGGGACUAUGAUGACGACUUCCUGGGCGACAUUUACAGCAGCGACGAACGCGAUCGGCGGGCUAAGCCCAGCAUCAAUCGCAAACCUGAGUCUGCUGCUCCGGUGAGGCCCGAAAUAGUGUCGCCGCGGCCAAAGGCUCUAGAAGCCACGGUGACUAUCAAGCAUGUCUUUAAAGAGGUUGUGGUCGACAAGAACUUGAAGAGGCUGCCUGUUCGGGUCGUUCACAGCUACAGCUCGAGCGGCGCGGGAGGCGAGGCGACGCCCCUUCCGGUGUCGACUCCUCCUCCUCUUGCUGACGGAAACUCUUCUGCUAGCGACGUUCUGCUGCCCAGUCCGGCCGGCGAUGAAGGAAUUCGGGGAGAAGUCGUGAUCCUGGACUUGAACACUGGUCACGAUACAAUUGGACUCGAGGACUUUUUGCGGCAGAUGGGUCAGGGGGAAGAAGAAGAUGGAAAAGGAAAGGAAGAAAUCGGGGUAGCAAAGAUUUGUAAUGGUGUGGCGUGGGCUGAGGAGGACGAUGACGACGAUGAGGAUGGCGAAGAGUACGAAGAGGAGGAGGACGACAUUGAUUCUGAGACUGUCAAUUUGAUAGAGCUCUAG